AUGGUUGGCUCACCUGUGUGGGAGGAAUGGACACACUUGGAGGGCCAGGCCAGGUUAAGGGAACUCAGACAAGGGGAGAUAUGUAACUAUUUUCCAGACCUGCAUUCCACCCCCAAGCCCUCAGUUUCCCUUGUCUCCUCUUUGUCUCCUCUUCCUCCCCACCCCAGGACAGGAAAAGGAGGGGAAUCUCAACAUGGAAAACUCUGCGAUGCAAAUGAAGGAAUGCCUGAGAACCAAGGAAAGAUGGAAUACAAUGAAUCACCACAGGAUGCGGGAAAGCCAGGAUUAGCUUGUACUCUGGAAGACAAAGAAAAGUUGGAAAAUGAGGGGAAGACAGAAAAUGAGUAAAUACUAAAGGACAAGGAAAGGCCAGGGAGUGUGGCAAAGCGAAAAGAGGGAAAGCCAGUAAAUGAGGGAAAGCCAGAGAACCAGGGAAAACCAAAAGAAGAAGGAAAAUCCACAAGUGAGGGGAAGCCAGAGAGUGAGGGAAAGCCAGAGAGCCAGGAAAAGCCCAAAGAAGAAGAAAAGCCAGCCAGCAAACCAAAGACUGCGGGAAAGCGCCCAGCUGGGGAUGGUGUACCCAGGAAGGCCAAAAGAAAAACCAACAAGGGGCUGGCUCAGUGCCUCAAGGAAUAUAAGGAGGCCAUACACGAUAUGCAUUUGAGCAAUGAGGAGAUGAUAAGAGAAUUUGACGAGAUGGCCAGGGUGGAGGAUGAGGUGAAGAAAACCAGACAGAAAUUGGGGGGGUUUAUGUGGAUGCAAAAAAGUUUACAGGACCCCUUCCACCCGAGGGGCCCAAGGGAACUCAGGGGUGAGUGCAGGGCCCCACAGAGGGGCUUUGAAGACAUUCCUUUUGUGUAG